CUGAGUUCCUAGCAAUUGACACAAUAUAAGUUUUUUGAGUUUUGACAUUUGACAGAAAAUCGCAUUGCAUUUAUUUCGGUUAAUUUUCGCAGAAAAUCAAUCUUAAAAUGUUAGGUCGAAGUUUAUUGUUAAGAAAUUCAUAUUUCGCUAAACCAUCAUUAUUCCUAAGAAACUUAACUGUAACCUCGCCCACUUAUGAUAUAAUAAAAAUCCAAAGUACCGAUGACUUUAAGGCUAAAGUUAUUAACAGCAAAACUCCUGUUGUUGUAGAUUUCUUUGCGACAUGGUGCAAUCCAUGCAAGCUGCUUACUCCACGGCUUGAGUCAAUCAUCUCAGAGAGCAAAGGCAAAAUACUUCUGGCCAAAGUGGAUAUUGAUGAACAAACAGACUUGGCACUAGAUUAUGAAGUGAGUUCCGUGCCAGUUCUUGUAGCUAUAAAGAAUGGUAAAGUGCAACAGAGAUUAGUUGGAUUACAAGAUACAGAUAAAUUGAGGAAGUGGAUUACACAGUUUACAUCUGAUGACUCAGAAGUCAAUGUUCAUAAUUGAUGGGAAGAUGGGAUUUAGGAUGUUUAAAUAAAAGAUUUUAAUUGUAGAUGUCCUGAUCUACUAUUAUUAUGCUUAAUUUUGUAUCAAUAACAU